AUGUCGUAUAGCUGCGGUGAAAACACACUAAAGGUCUCAGCAAAACUGUUUGCUGAGAAUCGAGCCCGUCUUGUCGCAGCACUCAAGAAUGUUGCGCCAGGAAGUGUAGUGCUUCUACAAGGAGGAAUCGAAAAGCAUCGUUACAAUACUGACUCAGAAGAUUUACCGUUCAGACAGAAGAAAUACGAAGUUGACGAAGUUCAUUUCUUGGAUGGAAAUACCAUAAGUGACUACCUCAAAGGAAUCAAGGCCAAAGAAGUCUGGCUAUUGAAAGCGGAAAACUCCGACAGCGGCAAUGUUCUGCCACCCGCCUGA